ACAACAUUAUUCUCACGUGUUACCUGAAAUGACGAUUUUUUUCUCUGUAAUUCAUUCAAAAACACAAAAUCAGAAAGAGUGAUGACAUCAAAUUUUUUUCAGUUAUUUUUUUAAUAAAAUGGCGCAUGUGAAAAACAAAACAUAAUUCAAGCGCGUCCAAAAUCAAAGCGUUAAGAGUGUGUUGACAACGAAUGAGCUAAGCGACCGAAACCAAACAAGGUGCGAGUUUGGGGUGAACAGAGACAAGAGAACGUUGACCAUGGCUGCCCAGACAGUGUACAAUACAAAUCAACUGAAAUACCCGUACUGGACUAACGUGCCGCCUAAUGUUCCAAAGUACCCCAUGCCACCUGAUAUGUUCAGGCGCGAGGUUCCUGAGAAGUACACUAGACCUCUAGGCAGGCAGUCUUACCAGAACUGGCAGGACAAGUGGUACGACAACGGAUUCCCUCUGAGCCGCGAUGUCAAGGAAGAACUGAGGAAGGUUGACCCUCGUGAGCCAGGACAGCGACCAUGGAUGUACCAACCGGGCACGUGCAACUUGCGACGCUGGUCGCGAUCCGGUGCCGAUUGGCCAAUGUCCGAGAAGGACUAUUUCUUUAACGGCUGCACAGAAGGAGAAGCGACACGAGCACGAGGAAUGAACCGAAUUUGGACAACUACACACGAGCCCAAUUUGUAUCCCUACUCGAACUUUAUGACGUCCACUUACAGGAAACCCGUUUAUUCCAUUUAUGGACAUUUGCAAAGGAGGCCCGUAUAUGGAGUAACGCAUCAGCAUAAUCGACAUGGAAAUAUGCCGUUUGAGGAUUAUUACUAAUUGGUGGCUUCUCAAGGCAUUGGAAUGAACUGCAAUAACUGCUUUUUUGGUUAUUUACAAUGAUCUUGAUAAAACAAUAUUAUUUAUAGGCAUAUACGUUUUAAAAUUAUUAUUUUCUCUUUGAGAUUAAACGUCUUUAAAGAUAUGUGUAUAAACCGCUUGUACAUGUAAUCCCCACUGUACUACAAGGUACGGGCUGCAUAGGCGACGAAAUGGCUGUUUUAUUUAGUGUGGAUCUUGCCUUAUUAGUCCACACAUAUUAUGGAGAGAGAGGUGAUAUUAUGGAGAGAGAGGGGGGAAUUCACGCUCCAAACGCUUAAGUCUCCCAAAGCGUUGUCGUGACAAGAAAAUGCGAGCCGCAAACCAAGGGGGCCCCUUCCAAGAAAAGAAGAGCGCCAGUAAUUAUAACAUCAGUAUAUAUAAAUCAUCAAAAUUGCCAUUAUAUCUUUACGCAACUCCAUACCAGCCCGACUUUGUUGUAUGUUUUAUGUAUGUUUUUGUCUUCUAUUAACCAACUUAUUUCAGACAAUAA